AUGAGAGAGAAAGGGAAACUUAGAGAGAGAGAGAGUGGAGGCGAGGGUGGCAGGUUUAGGCAGGAGGAGAGUGAGGAUGGUUGGGUAAGAGUGAAGGGUGGUCGGAGGAAGAAUACUAACAGAAAGUUGCGGGAUGAGGAGAUUACUUCCUACUUCUUCACGAACUUCCCAAACCAUUUCAACGCAAAGAAUAUGUGGGAGGUGUUCUCGCAUUGGGGGAGAGUACAAGAGGUUGUCAUCCCUGUGAAAAGGGAUAGGAAGGGUAACCGAUUUGGCUUCGUACGUUUUUUCGACGUCAUUAAUCCAACGAGGUUUGGUAGGAGACUGGACCAAAUCUUUAUUGGUAGCACGAAAUUGUACGUUAACCUUCCAAGGUUCCGCAACCAUGCAGAAGAGUCAAACAAGAGGGCCUGUAAUGAACCUAAGACGCUGGGCGCUGGUACGAGGAGUGCCCCUUCGGGUCCUUCUAAGACAAACCUGGCAAGCACUAACGGUAUCAGUAGCCAAAAAUCCUAUGUUGCAGCAGUAUCAACUGGAAGGAAUCGAGGAGACGCACCUCCGAAAGGAGACGGGAAGAUUAAGGAGGUUGUGGCCCAACUCUCUGUGGAGGAUGAAGUAGAUGAUUGGCUAAAGAAGAGUUGGGUAGGAAAGCUUAAGAAUAUAGAGAUGGCCCAGAAUAUUCAAGAAACUUUGUUGGUCGGGGGAUUCCAUUCGAUUCGUGCAAGAUACUUGGGGGAUGAUUUAGUCCUUCUCUCGGGUGAUCCUGGAGUCUCCUGGGACGAAAUUUCAAAGGGGACAGAGGACUGGCUCUGCAAUCUCUUUGAAUCUAUAACACCCUGGAGCCCCUCAUUAACUCUGAAGUCUCGCCUGGUCUGGGUCCAAUGCUAUGGCAUCCCACUGCACCCGUGGAAGAAAAAAUCGUUUGAGCAGUUGUUUUCCCCGAUUGGUAAAGUGAUUGAGUUGGACGUUUCAACGUCAGAGCUGACGAGACUGGGCUUCGCUCGCUUGAAGAUAUGUACCACAAAGCUAGAAACUAUCAGUGAUGCCUAG